AUGGAAGCACUGCUGCAUCAGCUGCUCACUCUUAUUGGGGGUCUUACCUGUUUCUGUACUCUGGUAAAAUGCAUCAGAGUUGUGAAAUAUGUUUUCCAACGUAUCUGGAGUACUUUGCCUCAGUGUUUCUUUCGGUCGCUGGGAGAAUGGGCAGUGGUCACAGGAGCAGGAGAUGGGCUUGGAAAAGCAUAUUCCUUUGAGCUGGCAAAACGUGGAUUAAAUGUAGUUAUGAUAAGCAGAACUCUUGAAAAACUGCAGAGAGUAGCCUCUGAAGUUGAACAGACCACAGGUCGAAAGGUGAAGGUUAUACAAGCUGAUUUCACUAAAAAUUCAGUAUACAAGAACAUUGAAAAAAAUCUGCAAGGCUUGGAUAUUGGUGUUCUGGUUAACAAUGUUGGAAUGCUUCAUAAUCCUCUUCCAUGCCGUUUCCUUAGUGGACCAGACGUAGAUGAGAACCUCAUCAACUGCAACAUUAUUUCUGUUACAAAGAUGACAAAAAUAAUUCUGAAACAAAUGGAGACAAGACAGAAGGGUCUUAUUCUGAAUCUGUCCUCUGGUCUGGGUGCUUUCCCUUGUCCAUUAUACACAAUGUACUCAGCUUCUAAGGCUUUUGUAAGUACUUUCUCCAAAGCACUACAAGCGGAGUAUAAGGCAAAGGGAAUUAUCAUACAGAUAGUGGCUCCUUACAGCAUUUCUACUCCAAUGACAAUGCAUCAAAAACCUGGUCUUAUUACGAAGACAGCAGAAGAGUUUGUUAGUGAAUCACUAGAUUAUGUCACCUUUGGAGACGAGAUUUUUGGAUGCUUAGCCCAUGAAAUGCUGGUAAUUGAAUUUAAUAGUGUCAUCUUUCUGGAUGAGUUGUCCAACUGUGACAUGAGCAGGUACACGGUGUGUUGGGUGAAGAACUGGCUGAACCAGCAGGGCUCAAAGUGUUGUAGUGAAUGGAGCUACAUCUGGUUUAUCAGUGACCUGGGUGCAGGAGUUGGAUGCAUCAUUAGCAAGUUUGCUGAUGACCAAACCGGGACGUUGCUGUUGACUCUCUCGAGGGACAAGAUGCCUUGCAAAGGGAUAUAG